AUGGUGCUUACUCCGGAUGCAGUUGUCAUGGAGAUGGAAAGCAGCUCAGCGUCCACUGGUGGCACUGUUACCAUGGAAAUCCCUAUCGUAGGACCUGCCACAGUGGAGGGAGCAGAGCGUGUUCAGCACCAUGGACAGCAUCGAGCAGCUUUACAGCACAGAAACUAUCGCAUGCUGAUCGUCAUCGGAGAGAUUUCCACCAGCCAUUACCUUGAUGCUGCCAGAAAACAGAUCACACAGGGUUUGCGCUCGUGGAACGUCGAUCUGACGGUUUGUGACCUGAACAAGGAGCUGCAGCUGUUUGAGGCCAGACACACCGCUCAGUUUUCUUCACAGGUUAAAGGCCAGCGGAUUCUCCAGUAUCAGAGUGACGUCCUCGAGACAGUAGUGCUGGUGAACCCAUCAGAGGAGACCGCUGCCUCAGAGAUUCGAUCACUGAUCACCGACUUUGCUGGGAAUAAGUUGCUGAUACUGAGCGGCCAGAGCUCUGAGCAGGGAGGUGACAUCUUACUGCAAAGUGGAGCCUUCACCUGGCAGAACUUCUCUGACAUAAUCUCCAACCCUCAAGUAACUGAACUUCUGUCCAAGGCCUCUUCAGAGCAGCCGUCCAGGCUUACUGUUUCCUGUCAGGGAGACGGGGGCUGGAGCUCCCUGGGCCAAAGCCAGGAGCAGCAGUCACUUCAAAAUCUUUUGGAAUACCGCCUCAACCCUGAACCUAACCUCCCCGACAUGGACGGAGUCACAGAGUUCACCGAGUAUGUCUCAGAGACAGUGGAUGUUCCGUCAUCCUUUGAUCUUCUGGAGCCCCCGACCUCAGGAGGUUUUCUGAAGCUUUCUAAACCCUGCUGCUACAUCUUCCCUGGAGGCAGGGGAGACUCUGCUCUGUUUGCGGUCAACGGAUUUAACAUCCUGGUGGAUGGUGGGUCAGAUCGAAAGUCUUGCUUCUGGAAGCUGGUUCGCCACCUUGACAGGAUUGACUCUGUUCUGCUUACCCACAUUGGUGCAGACAACCUCCCUGGCAUCAAUGGGUUGUUCCAGAGAAAGAUUGCAGAACAAGAAGAGCAGCGUAACCAGGGAUCUGGCUCCAGCAGCAAUGGUGAAUUGAUGAAGAACCUUAUCUCUCCCGAGUUGGGGAUUGUGUUUUUUAAUGUCCCAGAGAAGCUUCGGAUGCCUGAGUCCACGCUGAGAGUGAAGCGAAGCAUUGAGGAAGCAUCUCUUACAUUGCAAUACCUCAACAAGCUUGGUAUCACGCCAGAGCCUCUUCACAGGGUAGUCAGCAACACCAUUGAACCCAUCACACUAUUCCAUAAACUUGGUGUUGGAAAGUUAGACAUGUAUGUCUUAAACCCUGUUAAAGAGAGCAAAGAGAUGCAGUUUCUAAUGCAGAAAUGGGCUGGAAACAGCAAAGCCAAGACAGGGAUUACGAUGGCCAAUGGAAAAGAAGGAGAAAUAUCUGUCCCGUAUUUGACAUCAGUUACCGCUCUCAUUGUUUGGAUUCCUCACCGUCCAACAGAAAAGAUAGUCAGGGUGCUCUUCCCUGGAAAUGCACCGCAGAAUAAAAUCUUUGAAGGCCUUGAAAAACUGAAACACCUGGACUUCCUGCGAUACCCAGUAGCUACCCAAAAAGAUAUAUCAUCAGGUGCACCUCCUCCUAUCAUCAAACAGACCAAAAUGAGAUCAAGAACUGACAGCAAGGAAAGUCUCAAGUCUUCACCGAAACCACACUCUAAAACCACAAAGAAAGAAGCCAGUGGGCAGGAGGAAGAGUCCAAGAGUGACAUUAAUACAGAGAAUAAAGUGGAAAAGACAGAAGAGAAGAAACCCAAAAGUCCAAGUCUAAAAGCCACCAAACAACAGAAAAACAGUGAGUUUGCUCCUGUUGCAGGCAAGUUGGAGAAAAAGAAAGUAUCAAAGGAAAAAACGUCAAAGAACGAGAAAGCUUCCAAGAUGGAUGAAAAAAAAGACAAAGAGAAAAAGGAAGUUAAGAAGGAGAAACGUGAAGUAAAGAAAGAUGAAAAUAAAAAGGAAGUCAAAAAAGAAAGCAAAUUCAAGGAAGACAAAAAGAAGGACCCAAGUAAACCAGAGCUGAGAAAAAUCACUAAACCUGACCUAAAGCCACUCACCCCUGAAGUGAGAAAAACUCUGCAUAAGGCGAAGACUCAGGUUAAGCCAAAGACAGACAAAAAUAAAGCAGUUAAAGAGAAAGCUAAUGAGAAAAAGCCAGUCCCAAAAAACAUUCCUGACGAGAUCGCAGCAGCAGCUUUGGCUGACAGGUCUAUUGUGUCUUCCCCAGAGGACCUCACUGAGGACUUUGAGGCUCUGAAAAAGGAAGUGCGGUCCAAAGUCAAGUCUGAGCCGAUCCAGAAUGAUGUGAUGUUUGGGCACUCAAUGUACGGAGAUACUAAAGUUCCUUCCUUAGUUUUUACUGAAGAUAAAGUCACAUCCCCACACACUGAGAUCAAAUCUGCUUCACCCAAAUCCCCUGUCAACAAAGAUGAAGACAACAAGGACAAGGGCACAUCAGUACAGAUUAAAGCGACUGAGAAGAAGGAAGCAGGCAAUGGGUAUGCCAAGAAGUUUGAAGAGGACAAAAUCGGGAAAUAUGACAAAUAUGACAGCUCAAGAGACAGAUCAAAGAAGAGUGACAGCUCAGAGGAGGAGGGUGAUGUCAUUGAAAAAGCAGACCUUGAAGGAACAGAAGAUGAUGAGGUCCUCAAAUAUAAAACAGAAGAGGCGAAAAAGGGAAAAUCUGUCAAGGAUUGGGACACCAAGCCAACUGAGACAAAACCUUUAUCAACCACAGCCCUAUCUGGACAAGUAACAGCCUCCGUCUCGGAGCAAUUCUCCUUAAUCCAAGACGAGACCAUCCCCGGCUACUCCGAAACUGAACAGACCAUCUCUGAUGAGGAGAUUCAUGAAGAACCAGAUGAUAGGAUCCCACAGCUGCGUUAUGAUGUGGGGUCCUAUGACGUCUCUGUCCCUGACGUCCCUGGUACCUUUGACUCCAUGCAUGGUAUGAAAGAGAUGAAGUUCUCCGCCCUGUCUGAUGUCAAACCUAAAGCCUUCCUGGGGGGUCACGAGCAUGAGCUUGCACAUUACCCUGCCAUCAUUGCUGCUCCUCUUGCAGAAGAAGAGCACAUCUCCUCUGCAACAUCCAUCACAGAAUAUGACAAAUUGUCAUCCUUUGCUACGUCCGUAGCUGAGGACCAGUCGAUAGCCUCUGUGACAGCACCUCAGAACGAGGAGGCUGGGAGGAACUCUCUCCUGCUGGACACAAUGAACAGUAUCCCCUCACGCGCUCAUGGCAAAGAUUAUCUCCACUCAGCAGGAACCAUCUCACCCACCUCCUCUCUGGAGGACGACAAGUGCUUCAAGUCUCCUUCCUCUGAUGAAUACCAGCCCAACAUUCCUGAAAUGGAAACUGAUGCGAAGAUCAAAUCAGUCCAUGAAGAGGAAGAUGAUGAGGAGGACGAGGAUGAGGACCAGACUCCAAACGUUGACAUCCCUCUGGGUAAACUGCAAGAGGGCUAUGAACAUGCAGCCUUCAAGAUGCUCCAGGAGAAGGAGAAAUCUCCCUCUGCCACUUUUUCUCCUCCUCCCCCUCCCUUCUCUACCAUGCAGUACUCUACCACACAGGCUGUGAAAUAUAACCAGUCCCUUUCUAAAGGAUUUAAGACUGGGGAAGAUAUUAAGCCUGUUUCACCCCCUCCAUCUUUCUCCCCUAGGUUAGAUUUAGAGUCCCACUCCAGGCAGGAGAGUGAGGAAAGAUGUUUGAGUCCAGAUGACUCUACCAUGAAGCUGGCUUCACCCACACAGUCUGUGCCUACGAGCAGUGGCUACUCUCCGACAGAAGAUAAAUCUUUUAAGACACAAGAAAAAUAUGUUAAAACUGACACCCAGAAAUCAGCCAUUAUCUCAGCUGGGGACAAGACAGUGUCAGCAUCUGAAGAGUCUGAAGAUUCUGAAGAAUCACCUGAAGACAAUGAGGAAGACUUUUUCGCCAAAAAUAAUCUACAGCCCGCUGUUAAGGCCAAGAUUAUGGAGGCAAAAGAAGGGUGCUUCUUGGACGACGACUUCGCCUCUGAGGCAAAAUCUGCAAAGACAGAAACUGAAGUCAAGACGUCGGACAAGACACAGGUGGCAUUCAGCACAGAGGUGAAACCCAAACCUCAAGUGAUGUACACUGAUGAAGAUGAGGAUGACAAUGAUGAUGAUAUCCCAAGUAGGAUAGGAUCAAAUAAGCCCUUACCAGCAGAUCAAAGCAAAGUAGAAAAUGAAGGUACAGAGAAAACUGAUUCUAAAGAUUCUGAGAAAAAUGUUCAUUUCAGUCUCUACAACUUUCCAGAGAAGGAGAGCAAAGAAAAGGCAAUAUAUAUAAGACAGGACACACCCUAUGUGCAUGGCAAAACAUUCUCUUACGGGGACAUUUACGGCUCAGUGGACUCUGAUUCAUAUAACCAGGAUUCCUUAGAUAAAGUUGACAAGGACACGGCACAGAUUGAAAUAGAUGCCAAUAAACCCCAGGCGCCAUCACCGGUAACAUCUACGGACAAGAUGUCAGAGAAGGGGGGAUUCACCGAUUCUCUGGGAAAGGAUUCCUCCCCUUCGUGGCUCGACUCCAAGAGUACUUCUGCUAAACCUCCAUUUGAAGAGGUAAAAGGAAAGGCGACCUUUGAAUACAACACAGGAAGCCGAUUCCCUUCAGUGGCUGAUAGACCCGAGGCCUCGUCCACGUCUCUAUCAUCAGAAAAAGGUGCCUCUUUUAAAAGCCAGACUGACGGCACAAAGCCCCAGACGUACUCCUCAAUGACAGCCUUUGAAACUGACAAACCUGCCGCCACAGGUUACGGUGAGAAAGGAGCAGGCUUGGAGAUUGAUAUGCGAAAACUAACUGCAAGGGAUGAGGAGGACUAUGAUGAUGAUGAAGUUGCAGAUGAAUACGACGAGGAAGACGAAGAGGACGAGGACGAGGAGGACGAAGACGAAUGUGCUGUCGAUUCUGAUAUGGAGAAAGGUGCCAAAGAGAGGUCUGAAAAGGAAAUAAAGAGUCCAGUCAGUGAAAUGUUUGGCUCAAAUAGGCCUGAAUUUAUGGUUUCAAUGGCUGGGUACGGUUAUAACAGCCAGGGGAAGACUGAAAAGGAGGUUAAGAGUCCAGUCAGUGAAAUGUUUGGCUCAAAUAGGCCUGAAUGUAUGGUUUCUAUGGCUGGGUACGGUUAUAACAGCCAGGGGAAGACUGAAAAGGAGGUAAAGAGUCCAGUCAGUGAAAUGUUUGGCUCAAAUAGGCCUGAAUUUAUGGUUUCUAUGGCUGGGUACGGUUAUAACAGCCAGGGGAAGACUGAAAAGGAGGUCAAGAGUCCAGUCAGUGAAAUGUUUGGCUCAAAUAGGCCUGAAUUUAUGGUUUCAAUGGCGGGGUACGGUUAUAACAGCCAGGGGAAGACUGAAAAGGAGGGAAAGAGUCCAGUCAGUGAAAUGUUUGGCUCAAAUAGGCCUGAAUUUAUGGUUUCAAUGGCGGGGUACGGUUAUAACAGCCAGGGGAAGCCGAGCAGCCCCCCUUCAAUUAAAAAGGCUGAAAACAAAGCUCAGAUUGACUCCUCAUCCAGUGGAAAGCCAAUGGAUUUAGGAGCUACAGGUUUCUCUGGCUCCUCCUCAGGGUUUGAGUACUCAUAUGGAAAAGUUGAGAAAGACUCAUUUGUAUCAAGUCACACAGACAAAGGUAAAGAGGAUCUCACGUUGAAAUCAGCAGAGGACAGUUAUUACCAGAGUGACAGGGCUGAUCCCGAUUUUGAGAAACAGAAAACACCAGACCUUCUGAGCAAGAAAUCCCUGGACUCAAACUUCCAGUACACAACAACUGCUGGCCCUGGGUACUCCUCUUCUUCGGCCUACAGCUACUCCUCCUCCACCUCAGGCUCCCUUUCCACCAGCCGCCAGUUCGGAGAGGAGCUGGAGACUCCUGCCGAACCUCUUUUUGAGUACUCCUCUUUUAAAGAUGAACACUCACUUGCCAUGGAUUCUCCAUUGUCCGGCUCCACUGGUGCUAAAGACGACUAUCUAGAAGUUUCUGAAAGACACAUCACAGCUACAACCACGGCUGAGUCUACCCGUUUCUCACCUCACAGCCCAUUUGAGGAGGUCAAAUCUUUCCCCUCACAUUCGUCCACUGCCUUUGCAGGGGACAAGAAGGAGCAUACCGCUUCUUUAGGUGGCCUUAUGGACAAGGGGCCUCAAUCUGACUGUUUCUAUAAGCCGGAAUGGUCUCAAGGGUCGAAGCCAGACACAGCUGUUGGAUUCAAGGCCUCGGCAGGACCGUUUGCUCAACCUGCAGAGCUAUCCAAGGACAAAGAGGCAGCCAGUGCUGCUCUUUUUGGUGUUACUUCCUCACCACGCCCAGACAUAGAAGGCAAGCAUUACUUUGAGGAGACGGACAGCAGUGAAGAAGAAGAAGAUGAGGACGCGUACAUGCGCGAGAUGACUCGAAAGUCUCCUUCUAGUGGCCCGGUUGGUGGCCUCUCAUUUACAGACAAGCCUGUUCUUCCAGCUGCAAGUGAAAAGACAGCUGGUGCAAUCCCUGAGGUUCUUGGGUCCUACAUGCCCUCACCCUUCCAAGUCAGCAAGCCAGACACAACAAACGGACCCACAGAGGUCAGCUUGAGCACCACCCUACCUGCUGGAGCGGAAUCCAGUGGUGCAUCUUCAGGACCUGCUAAGGUGGAACUCAAAGUUGGAGCUGCAGCUUACAAGAGCUCUUUCGAGUGGGAGAUGUCACAGCCACAGAUGGGAAUGGUGCCCGGAGACUCCCCUCCCCAUUACCGUGAUGAAGAUGAGUUUGAAGAGGAGUGUGAGAUGGAGCCAGAGCACCCUGUUCGCCCACUGUCACUCUCUUCAACUGAUCAGCCGUUUCACUCUCCGUUCUACGCUGAAGAGUGCAGCCGAGGAGGCCAGGAUGACGACGAUGAUGACAGCGAUGAGGACCUUGCUGGCGAUGUGCCCAUGGGAGCCACCUCCUCCUAUACCAGCCGCAGCUCCCCCGGAUAUUCUUCCUCCGAGUACAGGCAGGCAAAACAUGACCUCUCACCUUCCUUCAUCAACCCAUGCAUGCGUCAUGUAUCCAGCGAUGAGGAUGAUGAGGAGCAUGGCCGCAGAAGUGACCAAUCGCAGGAGGCCGAUGAGAAUGAUUUGUCGGUCAAGAGUCGGGCUCACAAACAGCCGUCACACAGCAGGGAGAGCAGCUCCCUGCACCAAGCUGGUGGCAUGUCAGCAGGGCUGGGUCUGGCCACAGAGGACACACCACCAACCUCUGUCAGCGAGUCUUCAGGGUCUCAGUCAGACUCUGAUGGGCCUCCAGGCACUGAGGAAUACCCCACAGUCGCCGGUGAGGGCAACAUGGACUCUGAUGAAGAUGCAGACUAUAUGCCUGUUGAUAAAUUAUCGGCCACGGGAGGGGGCAGCCAUCAUUCCUCUAGGAGGAGCACUGACCCUCCUCCUGCUCCCGUCAUGGACCCAUGCCCUCACCCCCCACGUCCAGACGUUUGCAUGGUUGAUCCUGACACUUUGGAUAAUGGCUUGGUUAAGAAAGAGCCAAAAGUCAAGAGCUUGAAAAAGACUUCGGGUAAAACCAAGUCAGCAUCCCCGGCCAGGCGCAAGAAGUCUCCCAUGCCAGUCAAACAGACGGCAUCCCCUCGUACCGCCUCACUGAAGAAGAAGGAGUCAGACAAAAGCUCACGUAUGUCCCGCCUGUCUGACGGACAGGGCUCCAAAGAUGAUGACCUCUCCAGGUCGAGCUACAACCCUGGCAAGAGCCUGACUAACGGUGUCAAGAGCAGUUCAGGCUCUCAGAAGUCUGGCUCUGCAGCUGCUUCUGGCCUUCCUAUUUAUGUGGACUUGGCCUACAUUCCAAACCACUGCAGUGCCAAGAAUGUGGACCAAGAGUUUUUCAAACGCAUUCGCUCUGCGUACUAUGUGGUCAGCGGGAACGAUACAGCAAGUGGUGAACCAAGCCGGGGAGUCCUCGAUGCACUGCUUGAUGGCAAAGCUCAGUGGGGUUCAAACCUCCAGGUCACGCUGAUCCCCACCCAUGACACAGAGGUGACCCGUGACUGGUACCAGCAGACUCAUGAGAGGCAGCAGGAACUCAACAUCAUGGUCCUGGCCUCCAGCAGCACCGUUGUUAUGCAGGACGAGUCUUUCCCCGCCUGCAAGAUCGAGUUUUAAGACCCUCGUUUCCCUCUCUCCCUCCUCCUGGCCUCCCCAGUGUAGAUCUGGUUUUAAUUGCUCUUCUCUAUAGCCUGAUAUGCAACUCUGCCUCUGCUUUGGGCACUUAACCAAAAGCAGAAACAGACCUGGAUAACUGUCUAUGUUUUUCUAGAUUUGUAUUUAUUUAUAAGCUUGUUGUGGCUAUCAGCAUUUGUAUUACAAUGGUAGUUUUCUGACUGUGUCCUCCACUACAAUAUUAUUAUUUCUCAGGCCUAUGAAUGGGAGAGUUUUUUUCUGUUCCUUUACAUAUCUUUUUACCAAACCCUGUGAGACAAUGACGUCUUUAUUGGCUCAGAAAAAAUGCCCAUUGUAAAAAGAAAAAGAGAAUCAUAUAGGAAACAACGUAAAUUAACAAUCGGUUGCUUGUCUUCUAAUUGGCCUAAACGAAAGCACAAGUUUGCACACCUUAAAAGCCAGCAACAAAAUCGAGUGCAUCGUGGACAAAACGUCGAGCCUUUCUCAAUGUGAUCAAUUGAAUCGAAAGUCAUUAUUACAGGCUACUUGUGAUUAGCUUUCCCUAACUUUACUCUAUAUUCCCGUUCAACUUUCUUCUAAAACAAUGGCAGUCCCAGUGUUGAACUUUGUGCCUCCUGACAUAGUGCGAUAGAACACGUUCAAUCUGUCUUUUGAGUAUAUUAGCCGUAGCGUAGGGAAAAGCAUAUUAAAAAAUCUGUAUUGUAGUGAUAUUUCUACGGUAAACUCAAAGUGAAAAUCAAUCUUUAAAGUACGAUUUUCUCGGUGGCUGUUAUUUGUUACGGUAGAUCUGGAGAAAAACAUUUCUCUCUAUAAUUGUUUCCGUAGUCUUUGGUGUAUUCUUUCAGUGUAUUUCCAGUUAACACGUUGUUGCAGAGGAUCAUGAGGAGAACUGAAGGCAGAUGCGGUGAAACGAGUACAAAUUCAUCAUCCUGAUCUUUGGAUUCUGCCCGUUUAUCUCUUAACAUAUAAAACAGCGCUCAAGCUUAGAGGAAGGUUGAUGAACCUUAUAUCUGUUGCUGCGCCUCAAAGAUCUUUAAAGCUGUGUUAAAGAACGUCGAAUGUAUUCCACUACAACAUUAGGAACAUGUGGUUGCGAGGAGAGAUUGUGUUUGCCUGGUGAACAAAGGUGGUCGGUUUGCUUGAUGGUUAGAGGUUGGACUGUCACCCACAUGUGCCUUUCUGUCCUGCUUUGCUGGAACGGGGAAAUGAAAUGUGGUUUUUCGUCGUAGAAAUUAAAAAAAGGUAUGUCCGGUGCGUCCACGGCUCUGCGGCCGAAGCUUCGGCGAGCUGGUCUCCUCUGUUGUCGUAAGUUUUUGUCGGUGAGAACAUCAUUGCACAAAACAAGGUCAAGAGUUGUACAUAUUGAGCAUAAAAUGGCACUUUUAAGAGCACCGCCAUGGUGCGUUUUAGAUUUCCUGCAGCUGCCACUCGAAAAAGCACAACCAGUAACCAGUGUGCAAAACUUUAAGCAUUCUUAAAUUAAGCAACACAUAAUAACAGCAUUUGCAAAGAAAAAAUUGGCAGUUUUAGUUUUUUUCUGGUUACUUUUAAUUAUCGUAGAAAAGAGUUUGCUAAAUUACUUUUUAGAAAAAAAAACACCUUGUUUUCUUAAAAUUGUCAACAUUUAACUAACAUUUUAACUUCCAGUGGCAAAUCAGUGGAUGUUUUUAAGUUACACUUAAUUAACUUAUUAUAUAUAUAUAUAUAUAUAAAUAUAGGUGCUUUUAUUUGAUAUUGAUGAUUUUAAAUUUUGAUAGGUUUUAAGUACUUUUUAACAAAUCUUAACUACCCAACAAAACUCAAGGACCAACACGUAUCACCAGGGUUGCUCUUUUAUGAUCCACAUUACAGAUCAGAUAUUCCCCUGUAUGAUAUGUUGUCCCCUCGAUGCAUGGACACAGAAGCAUGUACAUAAAGGCGAUAGCUCUUUAACAAGCAGGGGGCCCUCAGCGGCUCCAGUCGAUUUGAAUGUGAAGAUGCAGAUUUACCUUUACGUUCUCCGUGGAGGACUUUGAUCUCCUGGCUGCCUUGGUUACUGUGCAUCAUGUGGUACAUCUGACUCAUCGCUCACGCCGGGCGGUAGCAACCGUACUGUUGUAGCCUGCAAUACAUCUGGACUUUGUGCAGGGCAAAAACCUGUUUCUUUAUUUAGAUGACACACAUUAUGAUUUUCUGUCCUAAAUGAUAAAAAUAAGAAAUACUCAGUGCUGAUUUAAAAAGGUCCAUUAACAGCGUCUUUGAUAAAAGAGGGUCAAUGCAUUCCUGUUUAAUACUGCAUCACUGUAAAGGUUAAUAAUAACAAACGAACACUACUCAUAUGAGCAGACACUCAAAACCCAAACUGCCAGACACUCAUAUCAAUACAUUUAUAUCUAUAAAAGGAUUUCCUAUUACUCACACCUUUUUCCAGACAAUGCUUAAAAUACACUCACAGCUGCAUUUUCGUAUCGUGCAACAAAAAAUAAGAAAAUAUAAAUAUCUGUGGGCAUUCAAACUUGUUUGCCGUGAAACAAAUCAUCAUAAAGACUGUUGGAUUUCAGUGAGCCCUGCUUGUACGUGCAUGUGUAACUUUUGAGUUCUCCUGUAAUGUAAUAGCUGAUGAAAAAAUGCGACUUACCAUAGAAAUGCUAUUUUAAAAGAUGUAUAUUAAAGAAGUUAAGCUGUGUGGAACUAAGGAGGCACAUGUAACCCUGGCUGUGCAGAAAAGAAAGCCUUGUGAUCGUUUAUUUUUCUCCUUUCUGCUUCAUCUCUUGUUUUAAGUGCAAUAUUAUCUUUAUCUUUAAAUGCUUAAAAAAAGUUAAAAUAGAAAAACUGAUUUAUUGUUGAAAAGGGAAAAAGUGUGGUGAAGACCAAUAAAAACAUCAUUUACUGAAGAA